GCACACAGCUUCAUCUUUUUAUUUUCAUUCAGCAAUCCAUUUAAAGCUAAAUGGAUUAUUUCCAUUUAGCUUUAAAAUACUAAAUGGGAACAGUCAUCCAUGAGUUUUUCAUUUGAAUGUAAACCACACAGUGGCUCACAUGCCCCAGAUGGCCUGCGGGAGAUGGUGCUUUUUUUUUCUUUUAAUCAGGCAUUGCACAAAUCAUGACUUUCCAAGACAAACUAACAAAUAGACAUCAGUUCCCACAAAUGACCAACCAAAUCUGAGUCCUUGCAUGACCCAACAGAAGCUGCACAGAAGAGUCAACAAGAGAAGCAGCCAACGUAGAGCAAAGGGACAUGACCUGCAACUUGCCAAUGGUGACUCUGAGGAUGAUUAGGACAUAAAUAUACAACACAGUUAUUUGAGAAAGGUCUUAUUGACUUAAGAAAAUGUGUUUUUCUGUGGUGAUCAGUCAAGGUUCAUUUUUAUUAGAAUCUUAUUAAAUUAAGGAGACCCCGAUCAAUUUAAAAAAAAACUCACCUUAAUUUCCAUAAAUUGUUUGAAAGAAUCUGGAACAUUAGUUUUAGAAUCUGAUUUAGAAACGGAUUUUGAUGCAUGAUAGACCUGGGACUGUUUAAAUCUUGAACAAUCUCACCAUUAAGGCGACUUAAUAUCCUUAAUAAAACAAUUAAAAGAACUACUAAAUGCUUUGUAAACAAUAUUCAUGUUUUGAUAGCUAUCUUAACAUAGUAACAAUCUAAUAUUGUUUUUUAUCCUGAUUUUAUUGUAGUUUGAAUUCAGAUUUUUAUCUUUGGCAGGAAGUUUAUAAACAUUUUGUUCUUACAACUUAAUUACUUAACAACAGAGCUUUUACAUUUAUUUUCUCACUACAUUCAAAUGAUCAGAUUGCUUAUCUUUUAUCUAUGUGUAGAAAGGUACUUUAUAUUAUAUGGCAGAACUUUCUAACAAAUAGUUUCUCCAUUCCAAAUGAGCAGUUCUUAAAUAAUCCUCUUUUCCAAAAUUGAAAAUUGAAAAAGGAGCACUUUGAGGAAUUGCUCCAGCCCUUAAAAGGUUUCAUCCAAACUCUUUUAUGGCUGCUCAGCUCUUGCCGAUAAAGCUUUCCAGCUCGCUCCCCCCCUCCGGGUCAGUGAGUCAAGCCCCAUUUCCAGCUCCCGGCGCAGACGUGCGCAAUGCGGACACUCCAUUUGGCCGUGUGCCACAGCCAGCUCAUUUAAAAUUAAAUUUAGUGGAGAGUUAUUCUUUUGUGUAAUUAGGUUUUUCUUUUGCUCUUUAUGGCCGAGAGAUGAAACGAUACUGAAUUUGUCAGCUGUUGUAUUUUUUACAACCCCGACACAAACAAGGCAAUUACAUCAAGAGUGAUUUGUUGCGGUCGGAGCCAUUUCAUUGCUUCAAAUUAUUUUGUUUUGCCACCCAGCCAGCUUUCAAUAAUAAUAAUGAUAAUAAUAAAAAAGAGUACACUUAUGCAAACCUCCGUACUAAUGCAUAUUGGUUGUGGCAGUAUCACAGAAAAUGUUGAUGUUUCAAUAUUAAUGUUGAACCCAGGCUUCUGUGUGUGUGCAGCAACGGAGGCAUGAUGUACUGCUUCCCCCUGGGAACAUUUGUCUGGUUUCCCUCUAACUGCGAGAGAGGGAGGAGGUCAGUGGGAUGAGAGAGGAUGGCAGAGACAGGAGAAGACAGACUGCGUGCGAUGACGGACGAAUGGCAGAGGCUUAAUUGAGUGAAAGCUCCUUCAGGUCUCAGAUGCCGUAAACAGGGAGGAAAUUUAAACCAGGGUCCUACUCUUAUUGAAUCCCUCCUGAGGGCUCGCUAACCUCUCCGUCUUCUUUUCUACCUGGAUCACAGCUGCCUCAUUCUCCGCCUGCUAUUUAACCGAGGCUGAACCCUCGGCUUUCACUGAAAUCAAUCUACACCUAAACUGAUUAGCGGUGUUUGGAUAGAGCAGCGUGCAUGAGCGGCGGUAAUUUCAGGCCCGGCUAAGCCCCCUCCACUCUUCACCAUCUGUGCACUGCUAGCACACACAGCAUAUUCCUGAUGAAGCAUCCUGCUGUUUAAACUCUGGCUGAUCUGUCUCACUGAGAGCCCUAAAUCAACCUUAUAGGCCAUUUCAGAAAUUGCUGCCAUUAGGAACUGCAUGCAUACACGUUUCCCCCUCUUUUGAGCUCUAGAAAAGAAGACUGCAUGCAUUGAAUGCAUAUUUUUUUGCUGAUCCUGUUACUUUAAAAUGAAAUUGCACAGAUAGACAAUGAAACUUUAUUUGCCUGAACCCUCAUGGCCUGUUUUCUAUUCUUGUGGUCAAUUUAAACAUCAGGUAAUGCAAAUUUAGCAACUUCUGACUUACUGUGUACACUAGAUGCAAAAGCAUUCAAACCCAUUAGACUAUUUUCACAUUUUGUCCCGUUCAAACCCCCAAACCUUAAUAUGUUUUCUUGAGAACCAACUCAAAGUAGUGCAUAAUCGUGAGAAGACUUUUGCAUUCUUUCCUCAUUGCCUUUAAAUAUAAUUUUGUGCAACUCGCUGCUUUCAGAAGUCAUCAAAUUAGCAAAUAUAUUCCACCUGUGUGUAAUUCAAUCUCAGCAUUAAGCUGUUCUGUGAAGACCUAAUGGGUUUACUGGGGAACAUUAAGGAACAAACAUCAUCAUGAAGACCAAUGAACAGGUCAGACAGGUCAGCGAGAAAGUUCUGAAAUACUUUAAACAGAGUUAGAUCAGAAGUCAGAACAUAUCAGACUCUAAACGUCUCUCUGAAGAAAAGAAAGAAAAUCAACACAUCGCCCCCAGGACAGUGAAAAUGGCAAAUGACAGCGAAGCAUGGUGGUGGUAGCAUUAUACUGCUGGGAUGUUUUUCUUCAGCAUGGACAUUUAAGCCAUGCUGAAGAAUUGGCUUAUUGGCUUAUUUCAAUAAGCCAAUCAGAGUUAAUAGGCAGAUGAAUGGAAGAAACAUGGCCAAGGCAAUCAUAAGAAAAGGCUGCAAACGACUUGACCUGAAUUUGGAGAUUAUCUUUCAGUGAAACAGCGACCCUAAAAAAACACAACCUGACAAAACUGAAUGGUUUAGAUCACAGCAUAUUUAGACUGACAGUAAAUGAAUGUCUCUGGCACAGCUUGGAAAUUGAAAAACAUGUUGCUGACACAAACAUUAAUUACAAAAAUCGGGUAAAGCCCAAUUUGUCUUCAAUAAUCAGUCAACCUUGUUUUGAAAUAUACAAAUUGAUCUAAAGUUUGUAAAAGAAACUGAAAACAUAAUCAGACGUGGAAUCAGAGAAAUAUAAAGAUCUUCCUACCACUGGUGAUAAAGUUUAGUGUCAGGACCUUCCAAAUUCAAUUGCUAUUUACUGAAGCAAAAGCCUCUUUGACUUUAGCUGGAUAAGUUAUAUUUUUGCUAAGUACUGAUUUAACCAUGUAAAAAAAACAAGACUAGAGGUUUAACUGUUUAAAUUCAAUUUAAACAGUUGUAAAACUGUUAGAUACAUUUGCUGGCUUUUCCAGUAUAAAUAAAAUUGACUAAAACCGUCAUAAUAAUCAAAAUGAUUCUUUAAGAUUCAAAAGGAUUACAAAAAUGAUGAUUUUUAGGUUUGUCUUACAACUUGCCUACACUUGACCUUACGUAAAAGGUAAGUAAAAUAACAUUUGAUCCAAAGAGUGUAUGUGUUCACUUUAAAUAGUCAAAGUACUGAAAUGAAGAAACAUGUUUGAGGGGUAACGAGCCUUUGUGUAACAACAAAUUUAUUCCCCCAAAACAUGAAACAUCUGGAUUAGUAAUCAAAACUCCUUUCUUAACCUAAUAAAGGGAUACAUAAAUCAGAAACGUGCCUAACUGCCAUUUAUUUUACAUUAUUUUUAGCAUUUUUUUUCUUGACAUAAGAAAAGUUUCCAACUGAUUAAGUUGGAAGUCAUAUUUUAAUAAGUUUUCAGUUUGACAUCAAGCUGCUGCAAUGAAAGAUGAGUCCAGUUCUACAGCAGAAGCUCCUGUAAAACUAACUGGACAGAAAUGUUUCUCUCAUCUUUUAUUUCAAUAUGACAAUGAAUGCUUAAAAAAAAUGUAAUCUAAGUGCACCCACUAAUAAUAGUUACUCAUGAUGGUGAGCAUUAUUUCUGGUUAAAAUACAGAUUGCUUCUUCUACAGUUCAAGACAGAUUUUGCUUUUGUUCCAUUUGCACUCUGAUUUAUUGAUUUAAAGGAGAGAGGGCUUCAUUUGAAAAGGUGAAGUCAUGUCUUCCCAACUGAGGUAAUGCAUCUAAAUCAAACCUUAACACGUAUAUCCAAGUAUGUAAAGUGCAUUUCUCAGCUUUCAUCCUUACAUUUUUUUUAUUCAAUAGAGAUCUUAGAUGUCAAACAAAGAUCUAGGCUGCUUUGCAACCAGUAAGAGUGCUGCAGCCCGGAGGAACUGGGAAUAACGUUUUAAAUGAUCCCUGAUCGAGUUAAGAGGGAUCAUUUUCAUGUAACACUUUUGUAAUGAUAAUAUCGAAAGCUUAAGUAAUAAAGGAAUGAGUGAAAUCUGCCUCUUGUCAGCAUGUACAAUGAGAACCACUUGGGGCGAUUGGAUGUCUAGCGAUCAAUGUAUCCUCUUCUCUUAUCAUUAAGACUGCUCUUAACAGAUUACAGCCCCCCUCCCAAAGAUGAAGUCUUUUUCUCCUCCCCUCUCUCUCUGCUCCUCCUUCUGAAACACACACACACACAGCCUUUUCACUAGAUACAACAGGAGACUUGUCCCUCUUGCCCCGUUUUGUAAAAUAAAUCGCUCUUUGUCUUUUAAUUUAAACUUUGUAGAACUUUUUUUCACCCCUCUUGUGGAAUUUAGAUGGACUUUCUGGAUUUGUUUGAACCGAUUUGACGACCUGACAGAUGAACAGAAAUGAAAAGGACGAAACUUCAGUUGAAGUUCUGGUAGAAAACUGAAAAUAGUCAAUGAAGAUGGACCUGGUGAUAACCGCCUUUUUUCUCCUGCUCUUUUGUGUCCAUCCAUCUGCAGCAGCAAGCGUCAUUACAGCAGACAUAUUUGAAGCGAGAGGUCAAAGAGUGUGCAAGACAGGAAAAGGGAGACCUUGUUACAAACUGGCCUAUUUCUCAGAGCUGCGCUGGAAGUUGAACUUUGAGGAGGCGGAGAGCGCUUGCAAACGAGACGGAGGCCAGCUGCUGAGCAUCGAGUCCGCGUCCGAGCAGAAGGUCGUAGAGCAGCUCAUCAGAGAUCUCCGUCCCACGGAUGGAGACUUCUGGAUAGGUCUCCGGCGUGGACAGGGACACGAGGACAGCAGCUCGGACUGCUCGUUUCAGUACUACUGGCUGGACGGGAGCAAAUCCUCAUUCAGGAACUGGCACAUUGAUGAGCCGUCGUGUGGCUAUGAAGUGUGUGUGGUGAUGUAUCACCAACCGUCUGCUAAGGCCGAACACGGUGGCCUCUACAUGUUCCAGUGGAACGACGACAACUGUGAAACCAAGAACAAUUUUAUCUGCAAAUACACAGGAGAAAAGCCAAUGUCAUCCACUCUGUCUCCCAACUCCAGUCAGAAAGAUGCCUCCCUUCCAUCUGCACUCCCAUUGGACCCACGUGACAACAACCAGCAAAGAAGAACAGCCGUGAAUUUAGUUUACGUCAUCAUCCCCACAAUCCCACUAAUCCUGCUGCUUCUGACAGUGACGGGAGUUUGCUGCUUCAAAGUGCUGCGCAGUCGAAGGAGGAACGUACAGAAAUCAGAAGUAUGCCAAACAGAUCCCAGUCCAACUACUACAGACGUCUACAACGUCAUCCGCUCCCAGAAGGAUGAUGACCUGGUUUCUGCUCGCCCACAAACAAAGAACACCUCCUUUUUGUGCUCCUCUCCGGACACGCCGACGGGCGACUACGACAACCUUGGUGGACGGGACACAGAGAGCGGCUUCGUAACCCUUGCUAGCACAGAGAGCGACUUCCUGAACUUUGACCUCAACGACCUCAGCCUCGGGCGUCAGCGGACCCGUGACUUCUACGACAGCAGCUUGGGACGCUCGGCUAAGAGGGUACUGAACGAUGGCAGUCUGGGUCGCACCAAAACCAGGGAGUAUUACGACAGAAGCCUGGGCCGCCGCACCACAAAGAGCGAGCAUUACAGCGGCACCGUGUAUGGAGAUCACGGCCUAUUUGACAGCAGCAUCAGAGCAGGCACUGACUUGUAUGAUGCCAGACUCAAAGCUGGUGGUCAAACGGGAAAGGUUGACCUCUACCAGACAUACGUCACCAGCGGUAGGCACGAGGCGUUUCAAACCAGUCUGGGAGCGUACUCAAACCGGAAGUCCUUCCACACAAACCUGGACUGCUACAGAAACGGCCUGAAUCUUGACAGUGGAGGGAGGUACUUCAAUGAUCAGGAAUGGAUAAAAAGAGAGAGAUACUGAUUUUUCACUCGAGUCUGCUCACACCACUGUAAGAGUGACUGAACAGGGAUAAAAGAAUGGAUCAAAUUUGUGCAUGUGCAAGACCUGAUAGUUUUUUUUUUGUUUGUUUUUUUUUUAUCUAAGGUUGAAAAUACUAAUUUUGUUUCUACUCCAACCCUUACUUUGUUAGUCGUAUGGAUAAUGAAAUUUGGUCAUUUCAGUCAGACACAUUUAAAUAGUUAAAGCUUCUUAUGUUUCCAUGUAUCUUGGCACAUCUGAUGCAUAACGCUCAGGAUGAUGCGUACGUUUAGGAACAUUAAGUCCUGUCGUGUGUCUGAUGAGAUUCAUUUUUGCAUAGUGAUUUUGUAAUAGGAUGAAGAUGUAAAAUUCAACUUAAACCUGCAUCAGAAGAGAGUUUACAGUGGGGGGGAAACUAUUUGUCCCCUUACAGAUUUAAUCAAGUUUUGCUUUAAAUUAGACAAAGAUAACCUAUGUAGUUAGAAAAUUAAAAAAUGCAGUUUUAUCAUGGUGAGAUAAUUUAUAAAAAGAAAAAGCAACCCAGCGUUUUAUGAAAAGGUCCACUUUUAAACUCAUAAAUUAACUGCGAUUUGCCACAGAUAUUGGCUGAAGUUAAAAUGUCCCAACGCAUGAUUAUUAAAGUAGAUUUAAGAAGCCACUCAAGUAGAACCUGUUUGACAACAUGAAGUAGGCUAAAAGAUCAUCUAUCAGUUUAGAUCUGGAAAGGGCUACUACGCUUUUUCUAAAGCCCUGGGACUCCAGUGAAUCCCAGUGAAAACCAUUAUCCACAAAUGAAGAAAACAAUACAGUGGUGAACCAAAACUCCUUCAGGAUUGCCUCAGUGAUUCUUCUAGGUCAUUAAAAGAACCCACAACAACAUUUAAAGCAGAAUCCUGAGGCAAAACCCCCCACAUUGCUGAUCCAACAGGACACAAGGCCAGUCGCAAGUUUGUCAAACAUGCAUGAUGAUCCCCAAGACUUCUGGGAAAAUAUGAAGUAGCAAAAUGAGAUUUUGGUGACACCCAAACAUGGUGUUGCUGUGUGAUAUUUUGUGGUUAUUUUUGCUACUUUAGGACCUAAAGGGGCAAAAUUCCUUUCCAGGAAUUGAGGUCAUUAUUUAAAAACUGCAUUUUGUAUUUAAUCCUGUUUUCUUUUUCUGAAAUUAAAAUUCAUUCUAUUAAGAAAAGCAGGUAAGAGUCAGAAAUGGCUAAAAGAGAAGACAUCAGAGGGGAAAUAAUUUUUCACAGUACCAGAUGAAUUCAUUUAUGAAAGCCUAAAUCGUCAAAUAUUUAUCAUCUGAAAUAAGAAAGUAGUUGCCUAAAGCAAUCAGCAACCAGAUGUGAGUGGAUCUUCAUCAGUACAGACAGUGCAUCUGCAUAACACAACAUGAGGGUCGUUUGAGUUUUCUUAGCAUCAAUUCUGUUAAAACCCUGCAUUCUGUGCUGCCUAUGUUGGUUAGAGAUGAGAUUAUAAGUGCUACAGAAUGGGAUGCAUAGAACAGCAAUCCUAGUGUCUAUAAGCUUUGCAUCUUCUUUUAUAAUUUGAAUAUAACCUCAGCUGACCUCUUUUAGAUCACUGGUCAUUUGGGGUUUAGGGAUUAAAAAGUCUGAGUGUGGAUUUAGUGACACUGUAAUCCAUCUCUCCUCUCACCUUGAGGUUAGCUGCUCCUGUGCUGCGUAAUCUCAUCUCACUAACAUGAAUAUGUCAGCUCUUGCUGGUAGAGGGUUUCUAAAAGAAAACAAUGCAUGGAAAAAGUAAAACAACUUAUUUUGAUCCCUUUUUAAGUCUUAUUUUCAGUUCGGUAAUGAUAUGAUGGAAUGCUAACCUGGUGAAGUCUUAAUCAUAUAUCAGGACCUGUCUAUCUGAUCCACUCACAUCAAGGGAGGCGGUUCACCGAUUAAUAACACGAAAAGGGACAAAAACAAAAAGAUGCAACUUUCAGAGGCAGCUGAAGCUAUUUGAAGAAGAAAAAAAUAGAUUUGAUCAAGUUCAGGAUCUUUAAAAGAGAAACUUUCAAAAAACAUGUGAGAGUCUGUUUGCAUGAACUUGUCAUGCAGCCCUUGCUUUGUCACACAAAAUAUUGAUGUCAUGGAUAAUUGUGUUCAGUGCCUGAAAAACUUUUAUUUUAAAACCAGACGCAUUUCAGACCAAACUCUAAACUGUUUAUAUGUAUUGUGUUUUUGGAUACUGCCUUAAAUUGUAAGAUGUCACAAAACUGUUGUGUGAUUUAUCAUUGUCCUUUGCCUACAGAGUCGGUUCAAACGUGGAUCCUGCUCUGAAUUCAGACGAAGUGGCUCCAGCCUCGCCAUACAUAACAGCAUGAAAUCGAAGAGAAUGAAAGAAUGCAUUUUCACUAUUGUUAUUUAGAAUGUGUAAUCCUUUGACAACUCUCCUGCAAGUGAGAUGAGUUUGUAUGACUGCCACAUGAAAACAUCUUUGAAUAAAAUGAUUAGAAAUGAA